AUGCUGAGCGAAGCGGAGAGCGGCGGCGGCGCCGUGACCGGCACCGGGGAGAGCCCCGCGGGGGAGCCCGCGGCCGGGGUGGCCAAACCCGCGGCACCCGCGGGGGGCGUCGUCGCUCGGAGCCAGGCGGCCAAGCGCGUCUUAGCCACCCAGGUGCAGGGCACAGUGAAAUGGUUCAACGUCCGCAAUGGCUAUGGAUUUAUUAACAGGAAUGAUACCAAGGAGGAUGUGUUUGUUCACCAGACGGCAAUCAAGAGAAACAAUCCCCGUAAAUUCCUCCGCAGCGUUGGAGACGGGGAAACAGUGGAGUUCGAUGUUGUGGAAGGAGAGAAGGGUGCCGAGGCAGCGAAUGUCACUGGCCCCGGCGGCGUUCCCGUGAAAGGCAGCCGCUAUGCUCCCAACCGCCGCCGCUUUCGCAGGUUCAUCCCCAGGCCCCGGCAGGCUCAACAGCCACAGGAUGCCACCCGGACAGAAGGGGGCGCAGAGACGGUCAGCGAGGGGGAGAGAGCUGAUGACGCUGUGCAGCAGCGCCCUCGGCGGAGGCGCCCCCCGCCUUUUUUCUUUCGCCGGAGAUUUGUGCGGGGUCCUCGGGGUCCGCCCCCACAGCAGGUCCAGCCGGCAGAAGGCUCUGAAAGCACAGAACCCAAAGAGGCCACCCAGCCUGAGGGAGACCAGCAACAGCAGAUCCAGGCUGGUGAGAGAGCCCCGGCGCCUCGCUUCCGCCCCAGAUACCGCAGACCUUUCCGCCCCCGCCCACCUCAGCAGCCCACCACUGAAGGAGGAGAUGGCGAGACGAAAGCGGCACAAGCCCCAGCGGAUGGCAUCCGUCCUGAGCCCCAGCGCCAGCGCAAUCGUCCUUACUUCCAACGCAGGCGCCAGCAAACAGCUGCAGCCCGCCAGACUGCAGCUGAGGCGACUACAGCUACCAAAGAGCAGCCUGCUCCAAGCUCGGCUGCUGCUGGCGGAGACACCCCGGCCACUAGCACUCCGGCAAUGGCUCAAGAAGCAGUGGUGGAAGCCGGCAAGCCUGCUUCCCCAGCCCAGGAGAGCCCCUCCCAGCCCCUGCCGGAGAUCCAGCAACAGCUUGUGGAUAUUUCGACACCUGAGCCUGGGGGAGAGCUUGCCCCAGCCCUACUGGCAUAAUGAAUCUGCACACGGCGAGGGGAUACCAAGAGCUGUGAUCUGGUGUCCACAAUGUGCCUACAACCCAAGUUACCUCAUCCUGCACUUGAAGAGACCCCAAACUUCACCAGUACCCCCUUUGCUGCUGUUGAAGCCCUGAAUGUAAAAAAUAAAAA